AUGACGCUCAUUUUCGACGACCUGAUUGAGAUGAUGCGAUUCUGCAAAGGCGAUUUCGAUCGAGAAAGGAUAUUGGCUUAUGUGCACGAGAGGAACACUGUAACUCUGCAUCUCCUGCUCAGCAGCACAACCCGCGCGUUGCUGGGUAUGCUGGGCAACUUGAUCCGUAAUUUCGCCAUGCGUGUCGUCAAGACUCAGGAGAAGGUGAGGCACAGCAGCAGGACCAACGACAUUCGAGACAGCGUGGAACUGCAACAUAUGGAAGCGAUGAUGGGGCCAGAGCUGCCCUUUGACAUCAGGCUGUUCGAACAGCUCGUCGCAGAGACCGACGGCAAUGUUCGUGCAACGUACCAAGCUGCGCAGUCAUCGCCUCCACAGCGAAGCUUCUACGAGCAGGGGAUGCUCGUCGAUGCUGACAUCCCCGAAGCACUCAGUCCAGUGUUACAAAAGUUGUUUGGCGACAUAAUGCCGCGUUUGGAAAACCAGAUCGAUGGAGUGGCCAUCUACACUGCAGAUACGGCUUGGCUUGGUCUGGGCGAAGACGAAGAAGCAAACAAACGAGCAGGAAGACAGCAGUAUGAUGUGCUGCGAAAAUGUGCUAUUCCACCGAAUGCGAAGGUCAGACAGUGCAGAAGGUGUGGCAGCGUCAUUGAGAACUUGGUAGAUGGACACAUGGCGGCCUGGGUGCAAAAUGCACACAAGAUGUGUAUCUGUCUCUCACACUGGAUCGUUGCUUGA